GCCUAACAUAUUUUUAUCUCAAAAUAAAAGAUGAGAUGCUUCAUGGAUUUUCAAGUGAAAUUGGGCCCAAAUUGGAUCAUCACAAAGCGAAUUUAAACCCGACCCGAAACCCAUGAGUAGCCCAACCCAUCACCAGAGUCCACGUGCAAUCAUGAAAUCUGCCUCUCAUCACCUUAUCCACCUUCAAAGAACGAACAGCAUAUGCUCCUUCUCUCCCUCCAUGGAUCCCUUUUGCUUCUCCACCACCCAGUCCCUGAAAAUUUAGCACAGAGAACAAAGCAAAACCAUUCUUGGUUCCACCAAAUCAAAAACAAAGAUCACAAUUUUCAAUCAGAAAAAGAAACCCAAUCAAAGAAAAAGUUUCAGUGAUCAGUACCCACUUGAGAAGAAGCUCUGCAAAUGGCUUCCGCAACCACCAGACCAACUUUCUCUUUCCACCAUCUCACCUCCCAAUCUUCCCCUCCUCCAAAACCUCCAUCAAAACUCUCCCUCCACGCCUCCCCGAAACUCCCAUCGCCAUCAAUCAUCAAUCUCCAAAUCAACAGAUCGUCUUCAAAGCAACCCUCCACAACUUCUCGCUCCAUCGAUGUCUCCAAAGAAGACAAACCCACCUCCGACCAGCAACAACCCGGUUCAGAACAAGCAGAACAACAACAAACCAUGGAAAACCCAGAGGAGAAAUUCGACACGCGGAGGUUGGAGGAGAAGUUCGCAGUGUUGAAUACUGGAGUGUACGAGUGCAGGUCAUGUGGGUACAAGUACGAUGAAGCUGUGGGUGACCCGUCGUACCCGAUACCUCCGGGGUUUCAAUUUGAGAAGUUGCCGGACGAUUGGCGGUGCCCGACUUGUGGUGCGGCGAAGAGUUUUUUCGAGAGCAAGAUGGUGGAGAUUGCGGGGUUUGCUCAGAACCAGCAGUUUGGACUUGGAGGGAAUGCGUUGACUUCUGGUCAGAAAGCUUUGUUGAUAUAUGGAAGCUUGCUCUUCUUCUUCGUGUUGUUUUUGAGUGGGUAUUUCCUGCAAUGAUGAGUGGAGACUGGAGGAGGAGGAGGAGGAGGAGGAGGUUGGUUUUCUGGGUAAGAGGAAUUUUUUUCUUAGGGGAAUGUUUGG